AUGGUGGAUCUAUCGGGCUCUGACGAUGGGGCACUGUCGGCCGAAUUUAUGGUCGCCCUUGAACAACGAGCGGCAGAUACGGUGGCCGAUCUCAAUCGUGCCCUGAAGGCUCACCAGGAGAGUCAAGGUCAGCGCACGCAUAGCGCACUCGUUCUGACCGUCACCGCUGCACAGCGUGUGGCAAAGUUGCUGGCGACCGUCAAGGAGAAGCACCCACUCAGGCGUCACUCAACUGCUGCUCCUGUCUCGCUGCUCGUGAAGCUGGAGAGUCACCGCACUGCUAUUCGUCGUGCACUUCCUGCGGCUGUGGCUGCGGCAGAGGCGGAGGCGCAUAGGUUGGGAGGUGCAGCUGACACUGUCAAUGCCUUGCGCUCGCUGCUGCACACACGCUCGCUGUUGAAUGUGGAGCUGCGCAAAGUGCAGGGGGCCGUUGACGAACUGGCAGGGACUUCAGUCUCGUUGGAACUGCUCCAGAGCACCCUGCAGGACGUUAACGCAACGGUCGAAGUGGCGCAACGCUUGGUGCGGAAGCUGUUGUCGGUAAAGUCCACGGAUGACUUUCUACUGCGUAUCUCUGUCGCCGUGUUUGUCGUUGUGCUGGCGUACAUCCUCGCGCAGCGUCUCUUUGGUUUUUUUCCAACGUUAAUUUACCAAAGGUAG